UACUCUAUAGGACCACUAUUUCAAUUGAACAAUUUAAUUGUAUCUCAAUUAUUUAUUCUUUAUAUUUCUAGAUAGUAAUCUUAACUAUAAAUUCGCUUUUCACAUAAUUAUAGACUAAGACUUACUUUUGAUAUUUAUUUGAUAACGUUGGGUGGAUUGUUUUGAUUAGAAAUUGAAUGAUACAAUUCCUCCGUUAUAUUCUUCGUUCUUAUUUUUCCUUUUAAUUAAAAAAAAUGACGGAAACUUCAACUGAUGAUGCAGAUUUUAGGCAAAAGAACUUCAUUUGUGGCGUAGUUGAAGGCUUUUACGGCCGUCCUUGGACUACGGAGCAAAGAAAAGAUCUGUUCAUAAAGCUGAAGAAAUGGGGCAUGGACAUGUAUGUGUAUGCUCCAAAAGAUGAUUACAAACAUAGGGCUUACUGGAGGGAGUUGUAUACUGUAGAAGAGGCUGAGCACUUGACUUCUCUUAUAUCUGAAGCAAAGGCCCAUGGAAUAACAUUUUGUUAUGCUUUAUCUCCUGGUCUUGACAUAACAUACAGUAGUCAAAAGGAAAUAACAACUUUAAAACGGAAAUUGGAACAGGUCUCACAAUUCGGCUGCACAUGCUUUUCUCUGCUGUUUGAUGAUAUUGAGCCAGAAAUGAGUGAAGCAGAUAAGCAAAUAUUUCAGAGUUUUGCUCAUGCACAGGUAUCCGUAACAAAUGAAAUUCAUCAACACUUAGGGUGUCCACGAUUUCUAUUAUGUCCUACUCAGUACUGUUCAACUAGAGCUGUACCUACAGUCAAUAACUCUGAGUAUCUUAAUACUCUGGGUACUAAGCUUUCUCAGGAGAUUGAUAUUAUGUGGACAGGCCCAAAGGUAAUAUCUAAGAUAUUGACAACAGAAUGCAUAGAAGAGAUAACACAGGUGCUGAGACGACCACCAGUGAUAUGGGACAAUUUGCAUGCUAAUGAUUAUGAUCAGAAACGGAUAUUUUUGGGGCCAUAUUGCGGCAGGUCACCAGAGCUGAUUCCAUUGCUCCGCGGUGUCUUGACGAACCCCAACUGUGAAUACAAUGCUAAUAUGAUUGCUAUUAGGACGCUCGCACACUGGGCUAGUUGUAGCUUGGAUGCGCCUACGCAUAAUGAAGCAAUAUCAUGGGAUAUAAAACUGGAAAGAGAGAGCGAGCAAGGUGUAUGUGAAGAUGACGUACCUCUCACUCUAGCGAAACAUGUUUAUCAUCAUAGACAGGCUUUAAGGCAAGCGAUAAAUGAAUGGUUGCCCGAAUUCUCAAUCCCUAAAACUGCGCAGGGACCUGUGAUUAAACCACAACCAAAUGUGACGCCGGUAGCAAUAAUACCCAUAGUGCCAUCCGUCAACACAUGCAUGUCCCUCGUCAGCACUACGACCACUGCCACUACGAGUACAGCGGAUCGGCCUUCCGCCAUUCCCACUGUCACAACAACGCAUUUACAAGGACUGCCUGACAUGUGUCACUCGAAUGUCACAUCGUCAUUGACAACUACGAUGUCACCAUCGGAAACAUUCAAUCCAGUUCCGAAUCCAGUCAUGAACUCUCUGGUUUCUGCGACUAAAGUGAUUUUGAACGAAUCCAUUCCAAAUCCGAUAAUUCCAAUCGCUAAUUCCAAUGUUUCCAUGCCGUCGGAAAUUCCAGUUUCGACGCUUCCAGUGCCCAUAUUAGGUCUUAAAACAAUCGAUGAUAAGGAUGAAGCUAUGGAAAAGUUGGAUGCUAAUGAACUUUCUAAUGACAGUGAACAUUGCUUCAUGGAUGUUAGGAAGGAAGAGGAAAUUAUUGUUGAUGAUGAACGGAAUGGGGAAAUGAGUCUUGGUGACACGCCACAAACCCUAAGCCCCACCCGUGUGGCCCCGGAUGUGGGUUUGGAGCCAUUGGACGUGGAUCUACCGUCAAACAUCGUUACAGACUCGGAUGUCGUUAUGAACGAUACAUAUAGCGAGAAUGGUUCAAUGCAAGUGGAGCCAAGUAACAGCCCUCUCAGCGGAGAUAUGAUGGUUGAGCAAAUUGAUGUUACUGAUGUAUCAUCGGAGUCCCUUAAAGAGAAUCAGUUGACAACGGAUGAUCUUCUUCUACUCUGUGACUUGUUCUAUCUGCCUUUCGAGCAUGGGUCUCGUGGUCUCCGGAUGCUCCAUGACUUCCAUUGGCUGACUUCUCAUGCUGCUAGUAUACUGCCUAGAGGUAGUAAGCCUGAGACGAGUGAAUGGCGUCGUCGCCACCGUCGUUUCACGUGGUGGGCGCAACGCAGUCGUAGGCUCGGGCGAAGACUUGCGGCCGCGCCUAACAAAGAACUGCACGCCGAGUUACGCCCGUAUGUGUGGGACUUGUGCGCUGUUUUGGCUUUAUUGUCCGCCUUUUUAAAGUGGCUUGAGCUGGGUAAAUUUCCUGCUAACAUCGCAACGAACAUGCAAGGAAGUUAUACAUGGUUCUCGAAAGGUUGGCGGGAGGCGUUCGAGAGCGGUGCUCAAGAGCCGUGGGUGUUCCGUGGUGGGUUAGCGGCUGAUUUGCGUCGUCUUGUGCCUUUGGAUUGCGGACCGGAUUUGAGACACUCCCUUCCUAAUGCAAUGCCGCCGCUAUUAUGCACUGCGCCUCAGACUGUACGACCUUAUAUGCCGAGCGAUGAAGCACAGGUGUGUACCAUCUGUCACAAGACAUGUCGUGAUGGAGGUGACUGCAGCGAUCUGUUUCCGAGCGACCUUCAGAGUUUGCCAGCUGAUAGAUUAGUUAUGCCCUUCCUAACGCUGACACCGGAGUUGUGUAUGGUGAUAGAGGACGACGGCGAUUGUCUGUCUGAGGAGACAGCAGAGAACGACGAUGACUUGGAAGGCGAUAAGCCUGAAACAAGCAACCAAGCAAAUGGAUCCAAGACAGAAAUAAUAGGGUACGCCUGUGCAGUGCUAAAUAGCAAGGAGUUUUACAAGAAACAGGAGAUUGCUUGGAUACCGGAGAUGUGUGUAAAAUACCCCGAAGAACUAAUACAAAGAGAGGAUCUAAGCCAGGCUGCUAAGGACUCCGUUGGUCACUUCCACCAGUUCAGUACAUUGGAGCGCGCUCCAGAGGCGGUUAGUGCGUCCCACCCGGCGCUGCUAACAUGUUGUGUUCUUCGCGAAACAAGAGACCCGCAUGCGCCGGCAAGACUGCUUACUUGUUUACUUGCUGCACUAAGGGCAAAUGGUGUAAAUGGCGUCCAUGCGUGUAUCAACUCGACUGACCACUAUUUGCUGCAGUUCUAUAACAAACUUGGCUUCGUUGAGUUAUCCCGUGAUAAUGGACGUGUUUACCUCGCGCGAUCUUUCUAGCGCCCGUACAUUUGUAUGAGACUGCCUCGAACUAGGAAACAGUCCUAAUGAUAAGCCCACUAAGCGACGUUAUUCGAAAUCACUUAAGAUGUUAGUUUAAGUCAACAGAUGAAAUGCAGUUAGUCUAUUCUACUGCCCAAAAAAUUUAAAUUAAUUUUUGUGAUUUAAAUCUGUCCAGCACUCUUAACUACGAUAUUAUAUUUGGCAAAUAAUAUUUGAAUCAAUAGUCUAUGUGUCGCAGUAAGGUAGUUAAAUCAGAGGGUUUAUUGAAUCUCUAGACAGUUAAUUAAAGAACUGAGAGCUUGGAAAUUCUGUGUUUGGUUUUA